AUGUUCCCAAAUGAGGCCCUACAACACAAAGGCAUCCUCCAGUUACUGCAGCAUUUUAGGUGGACAUGGAUUGGUGUUCUUUCUGGGAAAGAUGAUACAGGAGAGAAGUUCAUCCGGGAUAUACUCCCCAUGUUUUCUCAGCUAGGAAUCUGCUUUGAUUUUAUAGAAACAUUCCCUAGCCUGGCAUUUUACAGUGAUUUUAUGGAAGUGAUGGAUAAAGGACUUGAAGUAUACAAAAUCAUCAUGAAAAGCAUGGCCAACGUGAUCAUUGUGUAUGGCAAGAUCCAGACGAUGACAUUUUUAAAAUCGUUUCUCCGUUUUGCAGAAGUGGAAGACAUACCCUUGUGCCCCAAAAUCUGGCUUAUGCCAGCACAAAUGGAUUUUGCAACAGUAUCCUUUAACAUACACUGGGAUAUACAUUUCAUCCAUGGUGCUUUAUCUCUCUCUGUUAACUCAAAGAAAGUAUUGGGAUUUCAGGAGUUUCUUCAGAGCAGAAAUCCAACCACAGAAAGGCACGAUGGCUUUAUUAGAGAUUUUUGGGAGCAGGUGUUUGAUUGCUCAUUUCUCAACUCUAGGAAGAGUAAAGGCACUGAGAGAAUUUGUACUGGAGAAGAGAAACUGGAGAGACUCCCUACUUCUGCUUUUGAACUUAGGAUGAGUGGCCACAGCUAUAACGUGUACAAUGCUGUCUUUGCUGUGGCACAUGCUUUGCAGUCAAUGCACUCCUCUAAAUCCCAGCAAAGAAAUUGGAUGAACUUGGGGAAACAGUCGUUUCAGGACCUACAAUCAUGGCAGCUGCAUCCUUUUCUGAGAAGUGUCUUCUUCAACAAUAGUGUGGGUGAAAAGAUUUCCUUUGACAAAAAUGGAGAAUUUAUUGGAGGAUUUGAUAUUAUAAACUGGGUCACUUUUCCCAACCAGUCAUUUUCUAAAGUGAAAGUAGGAAGCAUAGAUCCCUUUGCUUCUCCAGACAAAGCCUUCAGUAUUCAUCUGGAUUCCAUCACAUGGCCAGAAAGCUUUAAUCAGUCACUCCCCAUUUCUUUGUGUAAUAAUCAUUGCCAGAGAGGAUAUAGGAAGGCCAAAAAGGAAGGGAAGCCAUUUUGUUGUUAUUAUUGCCUUCUAUGUCCAGAAGGGAAGAUUUCAACUGAAGACGAUACAGGUGACUGUUCUCCAUGUCCCGAAGAUCAAUACCCAAAUCACAACAAGGAUUCAUGUCUCCCCAAAGUGAUAACUUUCUUAUCAUAUGAAGAACCACUGGGGAUGAGUUUGACUAUCUGUGCUCUGUCUUGUUCUGCUAUCACAAUUUUACUGCUCCAGAUCUUCAUUAAACACAGGGACACUCCCAUUGUAAAAGCCAACAACAGAAAUCUCACCUACAUUAUCCUCAUCUCCCUUCUGCUCUCUUUCCUUUGUGUUUUGUUAUUUAUUGGGAGACCAAAGGAAGUUGUGUGUCUUCUUCGACAACCAGCUUUUGGCAUUAUCUUCUCAGUGGCAGUUUCCUGUUUAUUGGCCAAAACCAUUGUGGUUGUCCUAGCAUUCAUGGCCACCAAGCCUGGGUCCAAAAUGAAGAGAUGGGUGGGGAAAAGAAUGGUGAGCUCCAUUGUACUUUCCUGCUCUCUUGUUCAAGUCAUCAUUUGUGCCUCAUGGCUGAUGACAUCCCCACCAUACCCAGAUUCUGAUAAACAUUCAGUCUCUCAAGAAAUCAUACUAGAAUGCAAUGAAGGUUCAGUGACCAUGUUUUAUUGCGUCUUGGGUUUUAUGGGCCUUUUGGCCACUAUCAGCUUCUCUGCAGCUUUUCUAGCCAGGAAAUUACCUGACAGUUUCAAUGAAGCCAAAUUCAUCAUCUUCAGCAUAUUUGUCUUCUGCAGUGUUUGGUUAUCUUUUGUCCCAAGUUACUUGAGUACCAAAGGGAAAUAUAUGGUGGCUGUGGAGAUCUUCUCCAUGUUAUCUUCCAGUGCUGGCUUGUUGGGUUGUAUCUUUGCCCCCAAAUGUUUUAUCAUCCUGUUCAGACCUGAACUGAACAGCAAGCAUUUGCUCAUGAAAAGAUAAUUUUUAAAUCCUGAAAAAUUAUUCCCAGUAACUAAUGCAGAUUCUGUUGGAAUAGGAUGAGGUUAAACAACUCAAAGUCCAUCACCUUGUCAUCAUGGCACAAAGUAUCUUAUCAAUACAAACCAAAGUGCUUUUAGAAAAUAUGGAUCAGCUCUGUUAUUAAGUAGAAUAACAUGACUGCUUUAAAAGUUUUUAAAUUUAUUUGCCAUAUUUUAAGUAAUGAAGAUAGUAAGGUAUUUUCCGGGUCUGACUGAAUUCUCAUGUCACUCUAGAGGUUGUGCUGCACAAAAACUUUUAUUUUCUGGGCCUGAAAUAUUGGAGGAAUUUGUGCAGAAUUUGUGAGGUAUAUCUGUGAUAUUUAUGCAUUGCAAUAGGAAAAUAAUUUUUAUUAUAUGAUUUUAUUUUUGGCUGCAAUAAAGCUACUUAUGUAGUCAUUGCCUGAGAGUCUUUUUCCAUUAAUUUAGCUCUUUGGGUAUUAAGCAAACCUCAAAAAAAAAAAAAUGCAGUUAUGUGGACAUGUAGGGAAGAGAACACUAUUGCAUUUUUCUGCCUUCUAGCUUCAACCUCCAAUACGAGAAUUUAGUUUUUAAUUCCUUGAAAAUCAUAGAUCUGUAUUUUACACAAUCAAAUCACUUCACACAUUGGGGACCAGGUGAAUUGCUCUCCUUUAAAUUAUUACUGGAGAUGUUGU